AUGUCUUUGUCACAUGAGGAUGAAUGGAAGAACUAUGUAGAAGUUGUCAAGAGUAGUAGUGUUAGGUGCUUGGAAGUUGUUGUGGAGAAGGGGUGUAGCCCAAUUGUGGUGGCUGUGGAUGAUAAUGUGGAUAUGGAGCUCAUAGAGAACCUUACCCAAGAUGAAGAGUUACAUGCAGUUGUCGUUAGAGAAGUUGAUAGGUCAUAUGACUUGACUUCGGGGCCAAGUACUUUGGAUUAUGUUUUGGAGGACGAGUACAGGUCCGAGCCUAGUAGCGAGGACAAAAGUGAUUGUUGUGAGGGAGGGUUUCUGGACGCAAUAGGAGACCCAGCUGAUGGGUCAUUGAGAAUGGAGUACAAUGAUGUUGAGUUAAGGCAAUUGAAGGCUAUCCAUGUGGAGGUACCCUCGAUACCAAAUUUCAUGGACAUUAUGUGA